AUGGUCCUGACCGCCGCCGCCAUUGCAGGAGGCGGGUUCGCGUGCGCGUUGUGCGGCCGUGUCUACCGACGACGCAACGCGCUGGCGGCGCACCGCCGCACGCACGAGGGUGCGACCACGUGCGACGUGUGCGGAGCGCACAUCAGCACCGUUCACAACCUGCGCCAGCACCUGCGCAUGGUGCACCGGCUGCCGACGGAGGAGGCGCACUGGCAUCAGACGCACGUGUGCGACGCUUGCGGCCGCAAGUACAAGUCGCGCGACGCGCUCGUGGCGCACCGCAAGCGCCACGAAGGCCGCACCACGUGCCACCUAUGCGGCACGACGACCAGCAACGUGCAGAACCUGCGGAGCCACCUGGAGCUGGUGCACCACCUGCCGCGGGCCGAGGUGCGCAGGGUAACCGGCUUCCGCGGCGGGUGGCGCUGA